AUGAACAACAGUUGUGUGAGCCAAACAAUAAAAAGAAGAAGUACUGAUUAACACACAUAUUCGUUGAGGUUACAUAAACGUCAGAUACAACAUACAACAUUAAUUUAUGUAAACAAAGGCGAAAUUACGUUUACAGUUGCAUAUAAAUUGUUUAUCUAAAAUGUGGGCAUCAUUAUUGAACAUUGUUUCAUUGUGAAAACUAGCAAAAUUGUCAUUGUCUACAGCAUGACUGAAACGAUUUUUCCACUUGGUGGUUACAUUUUGUUGAACAAUAAUUUAAGGAAAUCCCUCCUGCAAAAGUAUAAGUUCAGUUUAAUAACAUUGACGUUAUGUUUGGGCUUAUUAUUCCUAUGUAUUUUGUACAUAUUGAGUAUUGGAAUUGGUUAUAGGGUAGUUUAUCCAAGUGACUUUGCACCUGAAGAUGUGCCAAUAUCUUGGAUCAGACGAGCUAUAGCAUACAAUGCCUUAGACAAAGCAGAGUACAAUGGGGAUGAUUUUAUCAAAUUACAACCAAAUUUAGACCUUAUUGAUAAGUAUAAGUUAAUAUGUUAUUAUAACUUUCCCCUUGAUGCUAACACAACAAAUGAGUACCUCAAACCAGAGGAGCUGGACCCGUAUAUGUGCACUCAUAUAAAUGUAUGUUUUGGCAGUAUUGUUAAUUGCACAAUUUUUAUACCUGAAUCUCAAGUUACUUUUGUGGAAAGUAUCAUUAAUUUGAAGGAAAAGAACAAAGACCUAAAAAUUAUUCUAUCUAUUGGUGGGGCUUCUGAUGAUGGUGGCUUUCCUGAUAUGGUUUUGAAUCACAGAAACAGAAAAAAGUAAGUUUUAUACCAACAUUUUUUUUUG